UGAGGCCUCAGACGGCGAGUGGCAGUCGUACAACAAACAACGUAUUAUCUUUCGUUUAAAACAAAGUACCAGGCGGAUCUCUGAAAAGUUGUUCAGGCAGCUUUUUGUCAAAAACGUACACAACAGAAUUGAAAACCGCAACGCAACAAAUAACAGAAAAAACAAGAAAUACAAGCAAUAAAUUGAACUCCUUUUACUUUUUUUGCGUUGCCUACAAAAUAUAAAUUUCAAUAUACAUAGAUGACCGAGAAGGAUACAGUGAGCAUGACGACCGUACAACUGAAGCCCGACUAUGCGGCUAGCGAGGUCUACAGCACCACCAGCGAGCCGCCACCGCUGGGAUUUUUUAACUUUAAUCAGCAGGCCUACAAGCGUCAAGCGAAUUCGGUGAAAAUCGCCAAGAUCACCGCAUUUACAAUUAUUGUCUCCUCGUUCAUAUUGGGCGCCUUCAUUUUGGGCUCGUCGUAUUUGCAGGCCAAGGCCUCGUGUGAUCAGGUGCAAGCCUUAGACUCAGUGCUGGAGAAGGAGCUGAUGCUGGAAACUCUGCAGCAGGUGAACAAGGAACUACCACGCGCUGAAGCUUUGCUGGGCAAAUCGGAAGGCGGCGAUGAUUUGCAGAAUCUUGACCACGAUGAGACCAUGACCAAGCUGGAGGCUAAGCACGAGACGGCCCAUGCCAAUGAGCACGACAACUCGUACUCCGAUAGCGAGGAAACCGAUGAGAUGCAGAAGCUGCCCGGCAAGAUGCCGCUCGAGCUGGACUUGAGCGAUCUGGCUGCUGCCAUUCUGCGCAAUAACAAGAAAUCCCGCAUGAACUGCGUGGUGGAGCGCAAACAUGCUGAGGAGUAUGUCGAUUCACCCUCGAAGACCGUGGCGCUGCCUUUUGGCGUCAAUCUGACCACCGAUCCCAAGAAGGCGCGCAUCACUGGCGAACGCAUUUCGAUUUUCUGCGAUGGCGGCGAUGACAAGGAGGAGAAGGAGUCCAAGCGCCAGCGUGAGCAGGAGGAGGAAGACUCUGAUGAAGAUGCCGAGCCCAUGCGUCCCAUGUUCAUUCCAUUCCAGCGUGUGCCCAUUCCCUUUGGCCGCAUUCCCGAUCAGAUGCCACUGACCCACAUGCCCCAGCGCAUGAUGCCACCAGCAAUGCAGCAGCAGCUGCCACAGCAGAUGCCACAGCACGGUUCAUUGUUCAUUCGCACGCUGCCCCCACCGUUCCAGCAGCUGCCCAUGCGUCCUCCAAUGCCACCACAGGUCAUGCAAGCGCCACGCAUGGAGGAGCAGCAGCCACAAAUGCAGACCGUGCGCAUUCAUAUGCAUCAGCUGCCCUUCCGUCAGAUCCAUGUAGCCGACGAUGUGCCCGUGCAGAUUCCCGCCCAGCAGCAGCAGCAGCAACAGCAGCAGCCACAGCGUGAGAUGCCCCAACGCGAGAUGCCACAAAUCCAGAUCCAGCAUAUGCCCUUGGGCGUCGCACUGCAGCGCGUUGGCAUCACCGCCGAUGAUCUGCGCAACAUUCAGCGCAUGGCCGAGGAUCGUUUCGGUGAUGAGCUGCGUCGUCUGACCGCCGAGGCUGAUGCCGACUCCAGUGAGAACAACAGCGCCAACUCCGAGGAGGAAGAGCACUCCGAGACACCCAUGUCCACCUCCGAACAGUCAACCCCCACCGCCGAACAGACUCAGUCGACCCAAAGCCAAAGCCAGAGCCAGACCCAGACUCAGCAGCAGCAGAACGAGCAGGACUCGAGCGAGCAGCAGGAGGAUCAGACGCCGCAGUUGCACAUUCAGCGCUUGAUCCUGCAGCCGCUGCCCGAGCAGCCACGCGACACCAUGACCCCACCCAUGCCCGAUCAGCCACAGCAGCCGCUCAACAUGGGACGCAUGAUCUUCGGACGCAGUCUCGCUCAGCCCGUGCGCAUUCCAGUGCCCAUGAUGCAGCCCACUGAGCACGCAUCCGCCAGCGACGAGUCGCAGCGACCACACUUCGUCCAACCUCGUUCCGUUUAAGUAACAACAACACCACGCCUGUGAUUGCUGCUGUGCGAAUCGAAUCUCGUCGUUGUCGUCGUCGUUAUUAUUUUUAUUACUAUUCCUUGUCGUAUUUCAAAUCGUAACUGUGUCGUCUACCGUCGCCCGAUUCCGAAAACAUCUCAAAACUUUGUUUGUGUAUAGCAGCCUCCCCCCAAAAAACGCCAAAAACAAAAAACA